AUGGCCAAUCCUAGAGGUACUACUGUUAUUAAUGGGACUUUCCACAGCCCCAAGACUCAGCACAGCAAAUGGCAAAGCACUGAUGGUGUGAAAAACGGAAUCCCAAAAGAAGCCCAGCAAAAUAGGAAGCCACGUUUUUCUGAUAAGCCCAUCUUUGAGUCCUAUCCGGAACCACCACUUUAUGUCUUGGUUUUGACUUACAUGGGAUAUGGAAUUGGAACCUUAUUUGGCUAUCUCAGAGACUUUAUGAGAAGCUGGGGAAUAGAAAAAUGCAACGCAGCUGUAGAGCGAGAAGAACAAAAAGAUUUUGUGCCGUUGUAUCAGGACUUUGAGAAUUUUUAUAAAAGGAACCUUUACAUGAGAAUCAGAGACAGCUGGAAUCAGACGGUUUGCAGUGUCCCAGGGCCCCACAUUGACAUAAUGGAGAAAGUGUCUGAUGACUAUAACUGGACAUUCAGACACACUGGAAAAGUUAUUAAAGAUGUUAUCAACAUGGGCUCCUACAACUAUCUUGGGCUUGCAGUCAAAUACGAUGAGUCAAUGAAGACGAUAAAGGAUACUUUAGAAAAGUAUGGUGUAGGUGUAGCCAGCACCAGACAUGAAAUGGGUACCUUGGAUAAGCACAAGGAACUGGAGGAGCUCAUGGCUAAGUUCUUGAAUGUAGAAGCAGUGAUGACCUUUGGGAUGGGAUUUGCAACCAACGCAAUGAAUAUCCCUAUACUUGUUGGGAAGGGAUGCCUUAUUUUAAGUGAUGAGUUAAACCACACGUCUAUCAUCCUGGGAGCUCGACUCUCAGGUGCAACCAUAAGACCCUUCAAACACAACAACGUACAGAGCCUAGAGAAGCUCCUGAGAGAAUCCAUCAUCAAUGGCCAGCCUCGCACAGGCCGAGCAUGGAAGAAGAUCCUCAUCCUAGUAGAGGGCAUUUACAGCAUGGAAGGUUCCAUUGUGAAUCUGCCUCAGAUAGUGGCUCUAAAGAAGAAAUACAAGGCUUACCUCUACGUCGAUGAAGCUCACAGUAUUGGUGCUACGGGCCCCAAUGGCCAAGGUGUCAGAGACUUCUUUGGACUGGCCCCUGAAGAUGUGGACGUAUACAUGGGGACAUUCACCAAAAGCUUUGCGGCCUCGGGAGGCUAUAUAGCUGGGAAAAAGGAACUUGUGGAUUAUGUUCGGGUUCACUCCCAUAGUGCUACUUACGCGACAUCCAUGAGUCCCGUGAUAGCAGAGCAAAUCAUCCGAUCCUUGAAGAUUAUUAUGGGAGAAGAUGAGAACCACGGAGGUCUGCAGAGAAUACAGCAACUUACAAGAAACAUAAAAUACUUCCGACAGAGGCUGAUAGAGAUGGGAUUCAUCAUCUACGGAGAUGACCACUCUCCCAUCAUCCCUGUGCUCCUGUACAUGCCUGCUAAAGUAUCUGCUUUUGGAAGACAUUUGCUUAAGAAAAAAAUCGGGGUGGUGGUUGUUGGUUUUCCAGCCACUGCCCUGGCCGAAGGUCGGGCACGGUUCUGCCUUUCAUCAGCACAUACUCGGGAGAUGUUAGAUAAAGUUUUGGAAGUCGUUGAUAAACUCGGCGACCUCUUGAAUGUGAAGUAUUUCCCAUACAAGAAGUCUGGUCACCCUGCCCUCUACAAUGAGAAGAGUUUUGACAAAGAAGCAAGCUUUGAUGAGAUGAGCAUUGAGCCUGAAGCCUAAGUUUCCCGGCUCUGAGUGGGAUGAAAGACU